ACGCGGCAGCGCCGAGGGCGGCGAGGCUCGCGGAACCUGCUGAGCAGCCCGGGUGCGGCGCGGGGAGCUCGCGGGCCUGUCGGCGGCGCUGCGCAGCGGGGUCGAGGUCCGGGCCCGGCGUCCGGCCAGCUGCCUCAGCAUGGAGAGCCAUGCCAGCUCGGCAUCCACCCCUGGGGCGCUGCCUUACUACGUGGCCUUCUCCCAGCUGCUGGGCCUGACUGUGGUGGCCACGACUGGUGCCUGGCUCGGUGUGUACCGAGGGGGCAUUGCUUGGGAGAGCGCCCUGCAGUUCAACGUUCAUCCCCUCUGCAUGGUCAUAGGCCUGGUCUUCCUGCAGGGAGACGCCCUGCUGGUUUACCGUGUCUUCAGGACUGAAGCGAAACGUACCACCAAAGUCCUGCACGGGCUGCUGCACGUCUUCGCCUUCAUCAUCGCCCUGGUGGGUCUGGUGGCGGUGUUCGACUACCACAGGAAGAAGGGCUAUGCCGACCUGUACAGCCUGCACAGCUGGUGUGGCAUCCUGGUCUUCGUGCUCUUCUUUGUGCAGUGGCUCGUGGGCUUUAGCUUCUUCCUGUUCCCUGGAGCGUCGUUUUCCCUGCGGAGCCGCUACCGCCCCCAGCACGUCUUCUUCGGCGCCGCCAUCUUCCUCCUCUCCGUAGGCACCGCCCUGCUGGGCCUGAAGGAGGCGCUGCUGUUCGAACUCGGGGCCAAGUACAGCGCGUUCGAGCCCGAGGGCGUCCUGGCCAACGUGCUGGGCUUGCUGCUGGCCGCCUUCGGCGCCGUCGUGCUCUACAUCCUGACCCGCGCCGACUGGAAGCGGCCCCUCCAGGCCGAAGAGCAAGCGCUCUCCAUGGACUUCAAGACGCUGACGGAGGGCGACAGCCCCGGCUCCCAGUGACCGGCCGCCACCGCCCAUGUGGCGGCCGCUGGGGGUCCCGUCUGUCCCGCACCUGCUGGGGCCGCCGUGGGUCUCCAGGACGGUGGCCCGUGGAGGGCUGGGCGGAGGGGUGGGGAGGCGAGGGGCUGGGCAGCGUUCCUCUCUGAGCGCUUAGGGUUUGGCCUCCUCCGCUUCCCCUCUUCGCUGCUGCUUUAGUCCUGUUGUUCAUGCCCAGACCCCCGCCCUGUUGUCCCUGUCACCACCCCCUCAGAUGGAGAAGCCUUGGGUAGGGUUUUGUGCCCUUAGUCCUGGUCGGAGAAGCACAGAUGCCUGAAGGAGACGAAGAGUGCUGGGCCACGUCCAGGGAGAAACCCGGGGCUCAGCGACGGGCCUGGCAAAGCCAAGACUUGCUUUGUGUAACACUGGACUCGUACCAGAAGUCUUGCCGGCCCGAAAAACACCGGCCUUGAAUGGGCCCAGUCUUUGGCAGCGGAGCAAGUGAUAUUAUGUGUAAAAUAUGUUGGUGUUCAGGGCAGUGUUCCCCAGGAGAGGGGAGGAACUGGCCCUGGGAAGCCCCAGAGAUGUGGCUUUGGCCCAGCUGCUCUAGAGCCUUCCCUUUCUUUAACCCUUUGGCCCCAGGACAGCUUUGUGGGGAGAGGGGUUCAGGCACAGGACUUCAGACAGACCUGUCCUUGGCGGCCAAGGGCAGCCCAAAGAAGAGAAAGGAGAUGGUCCCCUGUGUAGGCUGCUGUGGGUGGUGGGCUUCCUUGCAGCUCCCUCCUGCAGAGGCUCCGCUCCCCGCAGGGCCUCCUCCAUCCUCAGAGCUCAUCAGGCGCUGCUCUGACAGGCUGACGGUACAGACCUUUGUUUUAAACAAAAAGCUGCCGCUUUUGCCUUUUUUCCCUUUUGAUGGGGAGGGGUGGGGGCUGCCUGCUUCUGUUCAGGAGGAAAGCCUCAUCCUCUCCUACCUGAGACCCAUCUUUGCAGGAAGCUGGGACUGAGUUGGAAUCAGAUUAAUCCCCCCAACCCCAUGGCUGUGUAAUGCUGUUAGCUGAGUCACUGUUUGGCUUCAGUCUAGAAAUAACGUGAUUAGAGCAUCGAUCUUGUGCUUCUUGGACUCGGUGAAUGCUCUCUCCUUGUUUUCCUUGUUUUUCGGGCUUUGAGGAGCAUGACGUAGUUUGACACAAGACCCAGUUUACCUAAGUGAAGAGAUUAAUGAAAUUUCCAAAUCUGACUACUGUUCCUUUAAUGGUUGCCUUUUUCACACCUAAAUGCUGCCUUAGAGAAAGGGGCUUGUCUCCUCUAAUGCUCAGAUUUCUAAAACUCGGCUUUUGCAGUGGGUCCUCCCUCAGGGAUGCCACUUCUCAGAGCAGGGGGCUGUGGGUGGCACCCUCCACAGCAGGGCUGCCUGCCUCCCUCCCCAGGCCUCUCUCGCCCGCUGCAGCCCCUGCACCAGGAUGCUUGCACCCUGUGUAGGUUGUAGGCUCUGCAAGGGCGCAGGCUCCAGCAGUUCUUUCAUCGCCUGGUAUAGUCAGUGUUUACACGUGGGAAAACUCCACCUUAGACAAAGUACCAAAGUACAAUUGUGUCUCUUCCUUGGCAGAACAUAGAGAAACAGAACCUUGGAUUUGCAGUAACAGUCUGUAAACUGGCCUGUUUGCUAAAGUGUAUGCUGGAUGACUGAGGAGCCAAAAAGCCCCCCAAAAGCUGAUCCGUGGUGGUUUAUUUUGCCUGUGGCCAAUCUUCUGUGAUGUAGUGUCGUGUUGGUGCAACAGAUGAUUCAAUAAAUGUCUACAGCAGA